AUGAAAAUAAUAUUGUCAUUAAUUUUGUCAAUAACUCUGGUGUCAGCGAAAUCGACUCAAGACUUAGAAGCGAUCGCCAAUAAUAUCAUUUCAAAUAUUGGCGGCCAAUUGAGUGCAAACCAAACUGUGAAUGAAUUUAUGAGCAAAACUCAAGCCUCUAAAAGAUCUGUCAAUCAAUUAAAUACCAAUAAUGAGGGACUACUCAUUCUGGAGGGCAUCGGAAGUAUCGGCGGAACCGUUGUAUUGGUUAAGAGUGGAAACAAAGCCGUAAACAUAAAUGUGAAACCAGUUGUGGAGAAAGAGUCGGCCGAUGCGAUUCUGGUGGCGGCCGAAGGGGGCAAAGCUGGUCAGGAGGCUAUCAUUUCAAAUGAGGGUCAUUUGACUGUAAAAGCGAUCGCAGGCUUUAAAUUGGGCUCAAUUACCAAGAUUUUCACAAGCAAUGGCUAUACGUUUCCGUUCGCCUCCACUACACAUAUCAACCCUAUUGUCAAUGAUAUCACUGAUCAACAGCUCAGACAUCAAGUUCUCAAUAAUCACGUAGUGAUCCAAAUGUUGAUCAUAUCUUGA